CCCAGCCACUGCAUUCCACCUCCACCCCACUAUCAGUUCUUUGUUGUUAUACCCGCUAGCUCAGCCUGUACAUCCCGGCCAUCAUCCAUCUCUCCUGCCACGACGGUGGCCAACAUCUUUUGACACCGCCCACCUCAAUCCAACCAUCAAUUUAACUGUCGCAACAACUGCUAUGGCCUUCGUUGACCAACAACCGACCUCCCCGGGAUCUGUCAUGGGAAGACGACUCACGAACAGAAACACGAAUCGAUACAGCGUGACCGCGCUGUUCAGCAUGGCUGCAGAGCAGGACGUGGAGGUCGAAGACGAUCUCGCAAGAGCCCAGAAACGGCUACGGGACCUCAAGGGAAAGAUAUCCUCCCAGUCAAAGAAAAAUUUCGUUCUCGAGCGCGACGUCCGCUAUCUCGACUCCAGAAUAGCACUUCUCAUUCACAAUCGCAUGGCAGAGGACGAACAACGCGAAGUGGAACGAACACUCGAGGAAGUGGAUCCGACGGAGGGUCACUACCCAGACGACCGUAAACUUCAGCAAUACUCGAACCUCUUUUUCCUUUUGCAGUCAGAACCUCGUCAUAUCGCAGCCCUCUGUCGACUUGUCAGCCUCUCCGAAAUCGACACCCUUCUCCAAACGGUCAUGUUCACGCUGUACGGGAACCAGUACGAAAGCCGGGAAGAACACUUACUCCUCACCAUGUUCCAAUCCGUCCUAUCCGCACAGUUUGAGACCGCAACUGAAUUUGGAUCCCUCCUCCGCGCCAACACCCCGGUUUCCCGCAUGAUGACCACCUACACUCGGCGAGGCCCGGGCCAAAGCUAUCUCAAGUCGGUGCUCGCAGAGCGCAUUAACAGCCUCAUAGAGCACAAAGAUCUCAAUCUCGAGAUUAACCCCGUCAAGGUCUACGAACAGAUGAUCAAUCAAAUUGAAGAGGAGACCGGCUCACUACCGCCAAAUUUGCCCCGUGGUGUACCCCCGGAGCUCGCAGCGGAGAACCCGGACGUCCAGGCCAUUAUCGCACCACGCCUCACGAUGCUAAUGGAAAUCGCCAAUAGCUUCCUUGUCACUAUCAUCGAAAGCAUGGAGACCGUCCCGUACGGCAUCCGGUGGAUAUGUAAGCAAAUCAGAAGCUUGACCCGGCGCAAGUAUCCGGAAGCAACGGAUUACGCCAUAUGUUCCUUAAUAGGAGGCUUCUUCUUCUUGCGUUUCAUCAACCCUGCGAUAGUUACGCCUCAAGCCUACAUGCUUGUGGAUUCCGUGCCCGCAAAGCAUCCCCGUCGAACGCUGACCCUGAUAGCAAAAAUGCUUCAGAACCUCGCCAACAAGCCCUCUUACGCCAAAGAAGCAUACAUGAUCACACUAAAUCCGUUCGUGGAGAACAACAAGGCCCGUAUCAACCAAUUCCUCAAUAAUUUGUGCGAGGUCGGCGACUUCCUUGAAUCUCUCGAGAUGGAUCAAUACAUGGCCUUAUCGAAGAAAGAUUUGGUCAUCCACAUCACCAUGAAUGAGUUGUACAACACCCACUCCCUGAUAUUACAGCACAUCGAAACCCUCUCUCCAAAUGACAAACAACAUCUCCGUAUCCUUACGGAUGAGCUAGGUCCAGCACCCGCCCAAGUCCCCCGAAAAGAGAAUCGUACCAUCGAACUCAAUCUCUACAGCCGUUGGGAGACCCCCGUACAAGAUCUGCACACCGCUCUCAUGGACUCUGUCUCACAAAGCGAAAUGCUCUAUAUGGAGACCAAGUCCAUCCUCGUUCAACUCAUACGUUCACUCCCUGGCGCUGCUGACCAGCAGCCGUACAACCUUGCAGCCAUCGCGGAACGGGCAGCCACCACGAGGGAUGCAACUCUCGUUCGCAAGGGAAUUAAGGUGAAGGAGAUGCUUCGCGAGCUGGAGGAGAUUAAGAUUAUCGACUCGGCGGAUGGGCACAAGCUCAUGCGAGAAGAAGUUGCUGCUGAGCUUGCCCACCUUGGCAAUUUGCGAGAGAAGGUACUGCUCGAAACCAAGUCUCUCGAGGCAGUAUACAAGACGAUCUGCGACCACAACAGUUACUUGCGUACCCAACUCGAGCAGUACAAGGCUUACCUGCAGAAUGUCCGCCUAACGACUAGCAAGGAUAAAGGCAGCACGAUAGGUGUUGGAGUUAUCACUGUAGGUGGCAAGGAGAGAAAGCCUUCGAAAGCUGUCGUUCUUGGACCGUAUCGCUUUACGCAUGCGCAACUUGAGAAGGAGGGUAUCAUCGUCGAGAGCAACGUGCCCGAUAGCCGGCGUCCUAAUAUUUACUUUAACAUCACGUCGCCUUCGCCGGGGGCGUUUAUCAUAUCAUUACACUAUAAAGGUCGCGAGAAAGCCAUCCUCGAGAUGGACCUCAAGAUAGACGACUUACUAGAGAAGCAAAAGGAUAACAAACACCUCUUAGAUCUCGAGUACGUUCAGCUGAACGUACCCAAAGUUUUGGCUCUUCUUAAAAAGGUUUUUGCAAAACGGUGAUCGAUUGCGUUAUGGUGUCCUCCCUCUACCUACUUAUCUUGGAGAAUUCCCGCUCCAUCUCGUUUUUAUGUCAUAUUGAAUACUUGUUAUACCUGUCACUCGUUUUUUUUUUUUCGUUCUAUUUCCCAUUUCUCUUUUAGUAUGGCCACCUCUUCGUACUUGACUCCCUGUGACUUUGUUGGAUGUAUUACCCCACACCAAGUGUAGUUAUGUAUGUUUCUGGAUACCUGUCUCUUUACUCCAGUGGAACUUUCGCUCUGUCUCUCGUGCAUGCGGCCGAC